UUGUUUCCACACAAACAAAAGGGUUUUUUCGUUUUCACAGAACUUCGACAACAAAAAAUAAACAAAAAGAGAAAAGCCUUUCCUUAUACCUUUCGUUAGAGACUUCGCCUGCCUUGUUUCGGAGAAAACGGUUAAUUAAUCCGUGACAAAGCAUUACAUCCUUUUGUUGAAUGUCUGAAACUUGUUCUUGAAAUCAUGGUGUUGCAAAGGAGGCUUGAUUAUGGAUUCAAUGGCUAUGAGGUGCCUCCUACACCUCGAGCUACAAGAUCACCAAGAAAGAGUGCUUUCAAGAAGAAUCAAAUAUCUUCCUUCGAUUUGUUGGCUGCAGUAGCUGGAGACCUUCUGCUUGAAAGUGGUGGCAAUUCUUCUUCCUCAAGUAACAACGCCAUAGGGGAUGGUAAUGAAGAAGAUCAGUGUGCGGUUAAGACAGAACCGCUUUAUGGCGGUGUUCAAAAGGUGGUAGAGGAGAGAAACUGUGAUCACAUUCAUGACAAUAAUGCUGAAAGGAGAUUCUUUGUCUCUGAGAUCCUUCCAAAAACUCAUGGAAUGGAAAGCUUCGAUAGAUCUCCACCCCCUCCCAAAGAUUUCCAUUUUGGAUCUACCUCUGGUGUAACUUCUGAUUCCUCGGAGAAGCUUGGCACUCAAGAAUUAGGUCAGAGUGUUUGUUUUAGGUCAGAGACUAACGAUAAGAUAUCAAUGCAUGGGAGGCUAACAAAUAAUUGUGAACCAGAGUUAACAAGGAAUGUUGUAGCCGAGGAUAAGCAUCAUAUAGGUAGUUGCUUCAAGAAACCAAUUCCUCCUUCGGUAUGCUCUGAUGAUGGUGAAAACUUCUCAGCACGUUACACAACAAAAACAUUUAGGUCAACCCUUAGAAUAGGAGAUAGAAAAAUAAAGAAAGUUUUGGCUUCAAAGUAUUGUAAAGUCUCUUCAAAGCAGAAAGAUACAACGGUUAAUAAUUCAGACUUAGACCUGAAGCCUAGUUACUACAACAAGAAACCUUGUCUGAAAAGCUUAAGAUCAGAGAGGAGAUAUCCAAUCAAGAAAAGAAGAUACUUUGAUGGUUAUACAGCUUCACAAUCAGAAGAAACACCUAAAAAGGGUUCAGGUUUUAUGUCAACCAUAGCUUGUCAGAAGCAGCCAGCUUUACAAUCAAGAGAUUCUCACGUGAAACUUGGAAUCAAGUCAUUUAAAGUUCCUGAACUUUUCAUUGAAAUUCCAGAGACUGCUACUGUUGGUUCGCUUAAGAGGACAGUGUUGGAAGCUGUGACCACCAUACUUGAAGGUGGACUACGCAUAGGUGUUCUUGUCCAUGGAAAAAAAGUUAGAGACGACAGUAAAAUGCUUCUUCAGAGUGGAAUCUCUCUAGACACUCUCUCAGACACCUUAGGCUUUUGUCUUGAGCCCAAUCCUCCACAAUCCACAAAACCGCUGUCUCCUGAAGAUUCUGAUUGUGUCCGUCCAUUUAAUGUACCUCACUCUCUAACAAGGUGUCUUGCAUCACAAGGGAAACAUGCUAAACCUAGUAACUCUGUAGAAAGUGACCUUGACUCCAAACCCUCUGCACCAAAUAGGGCCAAACCCGUCUACUCCAGAGCAUUGAUUCCUGUAGCUCCUCCUCUGCAUGCUCAGGCUUUAAACGUAGUCCCACCUCGGAAACCUAAGCGGUCUGAGGUGGCUCAGCGCAGAAUCCGUAGACCUUUCUCUGUUGCAGAAGUUGAGGUCCUUGUUCAAGCUGUGGAGAGACUUGGGACCGGAAGGUGGCGUGACGUAAAGCUGCGAGCGUUUGAUAAUGCAAAGCACCGGACUUAUGUCGAUUUGAAGGAUAAGUGGAAAACGCUGGUGCACACAGCAAGAAUAUCGCCACAACAAAGGAGAGGUGAGCCAGUUCCACAGGAGCUCUUAGACAGGGUACUGAUGGCUCAUGCCUACUGGUCCCAGCAACAAGGGAAACAACAGUUGCUGGAGGGACCCCAUAAGCUCGAGACCAGUCUUGGUCUAUAGACUGGGAAAGAAAUGUUAUCUUCGCGGCGUGAAAAUGGACGUUAGCGAGAUGAAACUGAUCUUUUUUACUUUCAUAUAUACUUUUUUGUUUAUUUGUUAUGUUAUGUAUUUGAAAAUAUUCAUUGUGUAAGGAAAAAAAGGAAUGGAAUGUGGUG